AGGUCAACAGUUAUUGAAAUGCAAAUCUCUGCUGAUCUGGGAAAGUCUGGCUAGGCACUGGAAGUUUGACUCGGGAAUCUGUAAGCCCUGUGUCUUUAAACUCGGGGAAACCCUAAAGGCGGGACUCUUGUCACUCAAGCCUCACCAACCAAUCAGUGCCUCCGAGCCGAACUGCCAGUCAGAAGUCGUGCCGGGCUCUUCCGUGAGCGUCGCUGCGCUCCUUUUGGAUUGCGGAGGAGGUGGGAGCAGUUUUCGCGUGUUGUGCUGCCCGUGCCGCUGCAGGAGCUGGGAGAAGACCAUGGGUGAGCCGGGAAGCCACGACGUGAAUGCAGUGACCUAUGAUGAUGUGCAUGUUGACUUCACAUGGAAAGAGUGGACACUGCUGGAUCCUUCCCAGAGGAAUCUCUACAAAGAUGUGAUGCUGGACACCUACCACAACCUCAGUAUCAUAGGAUACACUUGGGAAAACCAUAAUAUUGAAGAACAUUGUCAAAGUUCUAGAAAGCAGGAAAGACCUGAAAGAAAUUAUCCUGGAGAGAAAUCUUCUGUUUAUAAUCUAUGUGUGAAAGCCUUUGCAUAUGACAGACUUCUUCAAAGGCAUGAAAGCACACUUAUUGGGGAGAAACCUUUUGAAUGUCAUCAAUGUGGUAAAGCCUUUGCUUAUCACUGCUAUCUCCAAAAGCAUGGAAGAACACAUACCGGAGAGAAACCCUAUGAAUGUAAUCAGUGUGGUAAAGCCUUUAAUGAACAAAGCAAUCUUCGAAGGCAUAAAAGAAUACAUACUGGAGAGAAACCUUAUCAGUGUAAUCAAUGUGGUAAAGCCUUUGCCUAUCACAUAGGUCUUCAAAUGCAUAAAAGAACACAUACUGGGGAGAAGCCCUAUGAAUGUAAUCAGUGUGGUAAAACCUUUGCAAUGCAAGGUAAUCUUAGAAAGCAUAAAAGAACACAUACUGGGGAGAAGCCCUAUGAAUGUUAUCAAUGUGGUAAAACCUUUGCUUGUCACAGUGCUCUUCAAACACAUAAAAGGAUACAUACUGGAGAGAAACCCUAUGAAUGCAAUGAAUGCGGUAAAGCCUUUAUUCAACAUAGUCAUCUCCUAAUACAUAGAAGAACACACACUGGAGAGAAACCCUAUGAAUGUAUUCAGUGUGGUAAAACCUUUGCUCAUCACAAUGCUUUUCAAAUGCAUAAAAGUACACAUACUGGAGAGAGACCAUAUCCAUGUAAUGAAUGUGAUAAGUCCUUUACAUAUUACAGUAAUCUUCAAAUACAUAAAAGAUCACACACUGGAGAGAAACCCUAUCAAUGUAAUCAAUGUAGUAAAGCCUUUCCAUACCACAAUAAUCUUCAGAUACAUAAAAGGACACAUACUGGAGAGAAACCUUAUGGAUGUGAUCAGUGUGGUAAAACCUUUUCUCAUCACAAUGCACUUCUAAUACAUAAAAGAACACAUACUGGAGAGAAACCCUAUGAAUGCAAUCAGUGUGGUAGAGCCUUUGCACAACAAAGUAAUCUUAAAAUGCAUAAAAGAACACAUACUGAAGAGAAACCCUAUGGAUGUGAACAGUGUGGCAAAACCUUUAAACACCAGCGUAGCCUUCAAAUACAUAAAAGAACACAUACUGGAGAGAAACCCUAUGGAUGUGAUCAGUGUGGCAAAACCUUUAAACACCUGCGUAGCCUUCAGAUGCAUAAAAGAAUACAUACUGGAGAGAAACCCUGAGAAUGGAACCAAUGUGCGAAUAUCUUUGCAUUAAUAAGCAAUCUUUGAAAUCAUCUGAGAAAGAUGUAGUGCAGAAAUACCCUAAAAAUAUAGCCAGUGUUGCAAAGUUUUGCACUUUAUACAGGAGUUAAUGUUGUAUAUACAAUCAGUCUGUUAAAACCUUUGUGUUUACAAUAGUCUUUGAGUGCCUAAAACAAUUCUGAGUGUAUUUUUAUAAAGUAUUUGGUAAGCUCUCUAUCCAACACACUUUACAUCCUUGCAUAAAAGAGCAUUCAUUCUGUGGGAAAUUUUGACAGUGUCAACAAUCUGUUCAAGAUUCAUGAUGUUGUAUUUUAUAUUGUUGCCAUCUGAAAACUCAUAGACAAAAUCAGUUUAUGAAGUUGUGAAGCUCUAUGUGAAGUUGUCAAAAAUCAGACCUUGGUCCUGAUAAUAAAACUUUCUAAACUGUC